UGCAGGAGGUAAGAGCAAGAAGACCAAAAGGGUUGCCCCCCAAAUCCGAUGAUAUUUACCUCAAGCUUCUCGUCAAGCUUUAUCGUUUCCUUGUAAGAAGAACUGGGAGCAAAUUCAAUGCCGUUAUACUGAAACGCUUGUUUAUGAGCAAAGUCCCCCGCUAUCUCUUUCUAGGCUUGUUCAGUUCAUGAAAGGAAAGGAGGAUAAGAUUGCUGUGGUAGUGGGGACAGUGACAGAUGAUAUAAGGGUGUAUGAGGUUCCACCUUUGAAGGUUACUGCUCUUAGGUUUACCGAGACUGCUAGAGCUAGGAUUGAGAAGGCUGGUGGAGAAUGCUUAACUUUUGAUCAGCUUGCUUUGAGGGCUCCUUUGGGUCAGAACACGGUUCUUCUCAGAGGUCCAAAGAAUGGGCGUGAAGCAGUUAAGCACUUCGGUCCAGCUCCUGGUCUGCCUCACAGCCACACUAAGCCAUAUGUGCGUUCAAAAGGACGAAAGUUUGAGAGGGCCAGAGGACGAAGGAACAGCAAGGGAUUUAGGGUUUAAGGUGACUUUAGUGUUUGUUCCGAGGCAUGUUUUUAGUAUGUUGUCGCAAACCAAAUUUUGCUGUACUUUAGGUUUCCAUGGUAUUUGUUU